ACAGCGGCCGCCGCCCCCUUCGAUAAAACCCCUAUCCCCGAAAGAUGCGGCUUUUUUCUUCAUUCCGGACAUCCAAAGCUGUCUGCGCCGAUGGUCGGCUCCGGAUGCCGGAAUCCCGGACAGACAUCCGCUGGAAUCGAUCCUAGCUCCACUGCGCGCGACGGCGACUCCCCGCCAGCCCCCAUAGCGAGAUCCGACCCCCGACUUCCCCUCUUCAACCUCUCCGUCCUCGGCCAGAAGAUGGACUCCCUCAGCCGUCUCCUCUCCGACUCCAUCGGCCGCCGCGCCCCCCUCGACGGCGGCCAGCUUCAGAUCGUCUCCGCCGAGAUCGCCUCCGCCGUCCACCAGACCAUCCUCAACGGCGCCGCCCUCCUCGCCUCCUCCCAGCCCGCCGACGGCGCCCCCACGUCCGCCAUCGAUCCAGCUGCCGGAAGAGUAGCCGGUCAGAUCGGUUCCGACCAGGAUCCGGCGAGCUCGGCCGCGGAGGACGGCGACGCGGCGGAGGACGGCGACAUCGUGGAGAUCGACACGGCGGAGCUGCUGGCGGAGCACGUCCACUUCUGCGAGAUCUGCGGCAAGGGGUUCAAGCGCGACGCCAACCUCCGGAUGCACAUGCGGGCCCACGGCAACCGGUUCAAGACCCUAAAGGCCCUCUCCAAGCCGCCGGACCGGGACAACCGCCGGCCGGAGGACGGCGGCGGGAGGAAAGUGAGGUACUCGUGCCCGUUCGUCGGCUGCAACCGUAACCGGCACCACAGCCGGUUCCGGCCGCUGAAAUCGGCGGUGUGCGUCAAGAACCACUUCAAGAGGAGCCACUGCCCCAAGAUGUAUUCUUGCCACCGGUGCAACAAGAAGAGCUUCUCGGUGCCGGCCGACCUCAGGAGCCACCUCAAGCACUGCGGCGAGAGCCCGUGGCGGUGCUCGUGUGGGACGAGCUUCUCGAGGAAGGAUAAGCUCUUUGGGCAUGUCGCUCUGUUUGAAGGGCACUUGCCGGCGGUCGGGACGGGAGAUGAGGAGGAGGAGGAGGAGGAGGAGGGGAAAGCGAAAGAAUUGGUGGUGGGAGGAGGAGAGGAUAUUGGAAGGGGAGGAGAUGAGCCAGUUGGUGGAGAGGGUCUUGAUCCCGAGUUCUUGGACAGGUUAAUGAAGGAAUUGGAAGGGCUUGAAGGUGGUAACUGGCCAGAACGUUAGCAUAUAACAGUGUUGACCUUUGAGCACCAGUUUAUGCACCUGCCUAGCACCUAUGUUCUUGAUAGCCCCUACCUACCCAUUUGUCCCCUACAGUUAUUCAAAACAUUGAAUUAAUAUCUUCCUGGGGAGCUAGACUGAUAUAUGUAUGAACUUGCUUUACAAUGAUAAUUAAAGUGCAAUUAAGAGGCCUAUGAAAUACUUAAAAGGAAUUUUUUCUUAUGGUUUUUAGUUCAUUAGAUUUUCAUUGUAAUAGACAGAUCUCAACUGCUAUGGUUCAAAUGAAGUUAUUUCGCUCUUCGUUAGCUUUAGGCUUCUGUAGUUGGGUGCUGUGCGGUGGAACACCCUGGGGGUCUCGCAUAUAUGGGUGUGGUUCUGCCACCAUAGCUUUGAUAUUAAACGUUAUACUUUACAACAACCCUAGCUUAGGUGUGCAUGUUAAGCCAGUACCUUGUGAUAAGAACCUGACCUGUAGUAUUAGAUGGUAUAAAAUUCAUCUUCAAGGAAACCAAGUUCAAGAGCUUGGACAUAUGAAACAUCUGUGAAUGAUGGUUAUGAAACUUCAAGUAUAAAAAGAUGGCUUUUGUGUAAACAUUGUACAUGUUGUAUAUCAAUCUUCAUCAAAAUCUUCAGUACAUUUCUAGUUCCUGUUGUAGUUCAUGGGGUGCUUAUUGCUGACCUAUAUGACAUAUGGCAUUGUCCUUGUUAUGAUCUUAAAUUGACCUCAAUAUUCUAUGCAACUCAAAAAGUUAAAAAUGCAAUAGGCUGCAUUCUUGGCCUAUGGAUAUUGGGGUCCUGUUCUAUAGGAAGAUAAGCAUAAAUCUAUUAGGAUCGCAAGGGUUUUAAGCUAUAGAUAACUUCCAUAAGUGUCCACACCACAAAGAACAGCUGAAAAUAGAUGAGUAAAAGGCACCCACCUUGAGAGAUAAUUCCUUAGGUUCUCUCAAUACUCCUCUUUGUCGUCAACUGCUCCUUUUGCUUAGGCGGAUGGCAACCCUCUCCACAUUGUUAGCACUAGGAAGAAAUCCUAAGUUCAACUCCUUGUGGCAUUUCCACCCAUUUUCAUUUUUUUU